CACUCGAAUUAGGAAUCCGAUCUCUGCUACAAGUCGACGGAGAUCAUGAGGUUCGUCGUCUCGGCCUUGUUCCUGUUUGUGCUAUUUUCCCAUACAGAUGCAUAUGAUCCCUUGGAUCCAAAUGGAAACGUGACUAUCAAAUGGGAUAUCGUGUCUUGGACGCCCGAUGGCUACGUCGCUGUCGUGACAAUGAACAAUUUCCAAAUGUAUCGGCACAUCAUGAGUCCCGGUUGGACCUUGGGGUGGACAUGGGCUAAGAAAGAAGUGAUAUGGUCGAUGAACGGGGCGCAAACGACCGAGCAAGGCGACUGCUCCAAGUUCAAGGGGAACGUACCUCAUUGCUGCAAGAAGACACCCACGGUUGUCGACCUGCUCCCCGGUGUUCCCUACAACCAACAAUUCACCAAUUGUUGCAAAGGGGGUGUGGUUCCGGCAUGGGGUCAAGAUCCUCAAGGUGCCGUCUCUGCUUUCCAAGUCAGUGUAGGAUCGGCCGGCACUUCGAACAAGACCGUCAAACUUCCCAAGAACUUUACAUUACUCGGUCCUGGACCAGGAUACACCUGUGGUCCGGCGAAGGUUGUCCCUUCCACCACUUUUCUCACCCCGGAUCGCCGCCGAAAAACUCAGGCACUCAUGACAUGGAAUGUGACCUGCACUUAUUCGCAGUUUCUAGCUCGAAAAAACCCGAAUUGUUGCGUUUCUUUCUCGUCUUUCUACAAUGAGACCAUCACUCCUUGCCCAACUUGUUCUUGCGGAUGCCAAAACAAAAACAACUGCGUCAAGGACAGUUCCAAGAUUCUUAAAAUGAAAGGACUAAACACUCCACGGAAAGAUAACGCCCCAUUGCUUCAAUGCACGCACCAUAUGUGCCCGGUUCGGGUUCAUUGGCAUGUCAAACUCAACUACAAGGACUACUGGCGAGUUAAGGUCUCGAUCACGAACUUCAACUACCGGAUGAACUACACGGUUUGGAGCCUCGUCGUCCAGCACCCCAAUCUUAACAGCGUAACACAAGUCUUCAGCUUCGAUUACAAGCCUCUCCUCCCCUACGAAUCGAUCAACGACACCGGGAUGUUCUACGGCAUGAAGUUCUACAAUGACCUAUUGAUGGAAGCCGGGCCAUUCGGAAACGUUCAAUCCGAGGUGCUUCUUCGAAAAGACAAAGAUACCUUCACGUUCAAGCAAGGAUGGGCGUUUCCGAGGAAAGUAUAUUUCAAUGGCGAUGAAUGCAUGUUACCUCCCCCUGAUACUUACCCUUUUCUACCCAAUUCUGCACACCAACAGUACCUUUUCUCCAUCUUUACACUCAUUGCUACAAUGGUUUUCUUGUUACUCACUCUUUGCUGAUUAUUAUACUCUCAUCGAGUAUGAAAGUUUUGUAUUCAU